AAAAUCCUACGAUCUGGAAUUACUGGAAAUCACUGCUGUGGGUUGUGAAAUAGUGUUGGGUCAUUUUAUGGGAAUUCUGUUCCGAAUAAAUUGGUUUGAAUAAACGCGAUCAAUUCUCGCGCGAACUUUGCCACUUUGAAAAGAGAAUUUCAUCGCGUGGAAAAAAAUUCGCAGUCAUGGGCGUGGAUGUUGAAGUUCUGAGUCCUGGCGAUGGUCAAACAUAUCCAAAGACUGGGCAAACAGUAGUUGUACAUUACACAGGUACCCUUGCCAAUGGAAAGAAAUUCGAUUCCAGCAGAGACCGUGGUGUGCCAUUUAAAUUUAAAAUUGGAAAGGGUGAAGUAAUCAAAGGAUGGGAUCAAGGAGUUGCGCAAAUGUGCGUUGGACAAAGAGCUAGACUAACUUGUUCUCCAGAUUAUGCUUACGGCAGCCGAGGCCAUCCUGGAGUUAUUCCGCCAAACGCUGUUCUCAUCUUUGAUGUGGAGUUACUGAAGGUGGAGCCUUGAAAUACCUCUUAGAAUGUAUCAAACUGACCAAAUGCAUUUCAAUACAAACAAAAAAAAAUAAAAAUCUGCAUCAAAUUGUA